AUGGCAGUCAGAACACUGGAAAAACAGAGAGCUAAAGACCCAACAGCUCAAGAAAGAAAUAUAGUAGAGGUGAAGUCAGAUAAGAAGAACGAAAAGCCAGUCAGACUAUCCAAUAACCGCUUUUCUUUUCUGAAUGAAGACUUCCUGUGCUGCCAAGAAGACCUAUGUUCUGCUUCACCAUUGGGGAUAUGGACCGUGUUCAACAGAUCAGACCCACGCGUUGCUCUCGGGAAAUACUCUCCCUUGGAAAAAGAGAUCCUACGUCUAGGUGGCAUUCACACCAUAGCAGCAAGGAGGCUUUUGGCUUAUAAACGAGAGGAAGAAUGGAAAAUGCUCAAGGAACUCCAGUUUCUCUCUCCAGACUACAAACGGGCAAUGGAAUAUAGAAAACAUUAUUGUUCUCCUUGUGUUACUUAUGGAACUCAAGAAAAAAUAUGGACAGCAAAGGUUAUUGUGCCCUCAGAGGAGUUUAAAAUGCCGGAUCGAGAACAGAAGAACAUCAGCAAACACAUAGAAAGGAUGCGGCUUGCUCAAGCCCUAAGAAAUCAGGAGCUUUUACCCUACAUUGAAAAAUGUGGAAGCUCCCCAUUUCUGUCUGGAGGGGGCUGGGGCCCAGCAGCAAAAGACAAGGCCAGGCAAGGGAAGGACAACAAAAUGCAAGAAAUAAAAAUGAAAGUAGUUUUCAAAUCGGAAGAACCAAAAAAAUGUUUAACUUAUCAUGCAAAUGAUUGCAAACCAUUCCUCCCCUCAAAGAAACUGAGACGAACCAUCACAGGCCUGACAAACCAAAAUCUUUUCCACUUAGCAGAAUUCCCUGGAGACUUAAUGCUAAUGAAUCAGGAUUUUAUGUCACGGGGAAUCUGCACCAGUGAUGUGGCCAACACCUGCAGUCUGGAAGAAGAGAGUAUCUGGAAAUAA